CGAACGCUCCCGACCUUUCGGGACAGCAGCGGCUCUUACAAGAACAAGACGAAGCCCAAGAAAUGGAAGAUGUUGAUGACCGCAAGGCCGAGUACACGUACGAAGAACUCCUGGAUCGGGUCGUGGAUUUGCUGCAAGCCAACAAUCCAGACUUGGUUGAAAAGAAGCGGACCCGCAUCAAGCCUCCGCAACUCCAGCUGUUGUCCAGCAAGAAGACUCUCUGGGUUAACUACCAAGAGAUCUGCUCUAUGAUGCAGCGCGAUCCUCUGCAUGUUUACCAAUUCUUCAUGGCAGAACUUGGGACCGAAGGUUCCAUGGACGGAAAUCAGCGUCUCAUUAUUCGAGGCAAGUACCUCUCCAAGUACAUUGAAAGUCUACUGCGGAAAUACGUCAUCGAAUACGUGACGUGCGAAAUGUGCCGUUCGCCCAAUACUGAUCUCGUCAAAAAUCAAGCCUCUCGUCUCUACUUUUGUACCUGCCGCGACUGCGGGAGCUCCCGAUCCGUAGCCCCCAUUCGGUCCGGGUACCACGCCACCUCUCGCGCCGAUCGUCGGGCUGCCCGAAACGCCAAGGGUUAACAAAUCGAAACGCAACUGUAACCAAGGGCUAUUUCAAUUC